UUCUUUGAACUAUUAGUAAUUAAAAUAUUCUGUGUUCGUUGGCGGGACUUGUGAUAUUUUUGUAAAUGGAUAUUAAUGUAGAAAGUUUUUCCAAAAAUUUAUUGGACAAAUUAGAGCAAUUAAAAUGUCCAAUUUGUCUUGAUAUUGUUGACAAAACUAGAGAGUUACCUUGUAAGCAUGUAUUUUGUUCUAACUGUUUGGAAACGUACAAAAAAGAAAAGAAUGCUAUUGUUUGUCCAUUGUGCAAAAAAGCAUUAUCUAAAAGAAAGAUAUUAAGUCGUGAUGCUGCUUUGGAUUCGUUAUGUAGCUUUGUUAGAGCGUUGGGUGAAGAUAUUAAAGUACAUCACAAAACAGAUCUAAAGACAUUCUUCAGUAGAGUACCCAAAGGACCCAUAUUACCUAACUUUACUAACAGAAAUGAAUCACUUGAUUUUAUUCCUCAGUCUUCAGAUGAAAUUAUGAAGCCAUCUACUUCAAAAAAAGAUUAUGUUAAGAAGUCAUGCAGGAAAAGAAACUUGAAUGAGUCUAAAUUCAGCAUUGAAACUGCCCCAAAACCUAAUAAACUUGAUAUAAAGAAAAGCUCACUCACUGAAAAGAAGACAAAAACCAAACCCAAGAUAGGGUUAUCCCGCAAACAAAACAAAGCAAAAAUAGAUGAUUCAGCUAUUACUUUGAAGCCAAAACAUGUUCAUCAAAAUGAGCUUCCACAUAAACCUUCAGAAAAUAAAAAAAUAUUACAGUGGUUACAUGAUACAAGAAAUCAAUUUGAAAGAUUCAGCCAGACUCAACCUCAUAUAACUGAGAAAGAUACACAACAAGAUAUUGAUAUGCCAUCAGUUUCUCAAAUAUAUAUGAAUAAGAGGAGGUUAGGUAAAAUAUCAAAAGAAGUUCAAAAGGAUCAAGUAAAGAUAAGUAAGGACCAAAAUAUUACUAAACGAAAAGCACAAUCUAUAGGUAAUUCACCUCAAAAUAAAUUGAAAAGUAUAAGAAGGCAUUCAUUAGAAUGUACCUCUCCAGUAAAAAUGAAACAAUAUGAGAAUUUGCAUCAAUUAAAUUCCAUUGAAAAUCAACUUAUUAUUGAUAUAAUGGAGAAAGAGGUACUUGAUGUUAUUGAUAAAGAAAUAUCUGGUGGUAAGAAUAAAAUCCCUGAUUUUUCUAGUGAACAAAAUAUUCAUAUCUAUAAUCCAAAAGUAACGAAUACAGAUGAAGAUAAAUUUUUGGAUCAAUUGGAGAAUGAAAUGUCAGAAAGAUCUAGUGAUAUUAAAAAAGACAGUCCUGUACAGAAAAGUCUUAAUAGAACUGAGACCAAUCAGGAAAAUAAAUCAAAAUCAUCUUGGAAGAGCAUAAGAAAAUUCAGAAAAACAAUUGGUAAAAAGAAGGUACCUAAAAAGUUGGAUAUAAGUCUUCUUUCAACCCAAAAAUCAAAUAAAAAGGAUGUAGGAACUAAAAUAAACACAAGUGAUCCUCUUGUAAAUAUAGAUAAAACCGUUACAGUUGGUAAAACAGUGGACUUUCAGAAAAUGGAAGAAUACUUCAGCACAGCAAUUCCUAAAAUGAUUGAAAAAAACAUGGUGGAAACCUCUAGUCAGGAAAUUGUGAAUGACAAAGAUAUGUAUCAGAAAGAUUCUGAAGCAAAUCAAGUAGGAAAAGAUAAUGACUCUGACAUAUAUGUUUAUCAAACACAACCAUUAUCUGAAGAAAUGGUUGAUCCAAAAACUGAUAAAAUAAGUUAUGCUGCUAGACUGACCAAACAGUUGGAAACAAUUCUACAACAGUUAACCAAGGACGAAGGAAUUCAAAUGAAUGAACUUUCUAGCCUCUACCCUUCUAUUGAAAGUAUUUUUAAGAUAUUUGACAAAUUAAAGGAUAAGAAAGCUCAUCAAUCACAAAUAUCACCUGAAAGUAAGAAGCAAAGAAAAUUUUCUGAGAAACAUAUUCAAACAGAUAUGCUUUCAUUAGAUGGCUUCACAAUAACUCCAAAUGCAGCUUUCAAAUCUUUAAUUCAUGAAGAUGUUGCAACACAGACCAACAAUUUCUGCCUUGACUGUCCCCACUUUUCUUCAGGGAAAAAAAACAGCACCCCUACACCUUCAUCUUCACUAAUGAUGGAUAUUGACAGUCAAAGAAAUGUCGAGAAUGGGAAAAAUUCAAAAUCAAAAAAACCAAGUCAAUCAAUGUUGAAUCAAGAAUAUUCUGUGUCCAAAUCACAAUUGGAAAUAGCUAACUUACAAAAGAAGUCUCCUUCAUUGAAUGAUAUAAAUUUUGAAAAGCAAAUUUCAGUCAAUGAGAGCAUGAAUAAAGGACAUAAUGAUAGUGAAAUUGUGGUGGGUAAAAUUUUAGAACUAUGCAAUACACAAAACAAUGUUUCCUUCAUCCAACCUACCAUAAAGAAAACCCCUAAUCGAUCACAAAUGAGCAUAAAUCAUUCUUCAUCAAGACCCAAAAAUAAUUCUAAUGAGAGUAGAUCAAAUUCCAGAGUGGGCAACGAUACAAGUCAAGGGUCUGGUAUUAUGUGUAGUGUUCCUCAAUCAAGAGUAAAUCGCAGGCUUAUGUUCGAGAAGGCAAUGAAGGAAAGGACCGAACUGGAGCAAAAUCUUAAGAGAAUGAGAACAGUAGACUCAACAUCAGAUUCUGAUGAAGAGAGGCCAUAUAAAGUUAAAUGCAAUCGAUUUGUUCAAAAUGAUCUGAGUAUUGAAUUUGAUUCUGAAAGUUUACAUGAUAAUAGCCAGUGUUCGAGGUAUUGUGAUGUGGAAAUGGAAGAGGCAAAGGCUCACGAAGAGCAUCCUGGUGUUGAGAAGAAGUCAGUUUUCCAUGAAAACAGUGAAAAUAUUCAACCAAAGACAAAACACUCAUAUGAAAAUACCCAAGCUGAUACUUUACUGAAUUACUGCGAUGAACUAAUUGAAAAAGCUAACAAACAUAUCUUAGAAGAAGAUCUGUUGUCCGAACAAAAGGAUUUCAAUUUAUCACAAAUAUUAUCAGAAAAUGAUAAAAAAAAUAUCUCAAAUCACGAAAGAUUAAACCAAUCUGUAACUGAAAGGCAGGUUAAAACCCAACAAGACAUCGAAAAAAUUAAGACUCAAGAUCUUCUUAAACACUAUGAUGAGUUAAUUGAAAAAGCUAGUAGACAAAUAGAAACCGAAAAUGAUGAUCGCCACACACAAAAAGUACGGAACACCAAUAUAAAAAGUCCAAUAACUUCCAAACAUACUGACUGUCUUGAGGAAGAGCAAAAUCUUGAAACGAAAAUAAAAUUAAUAAAAACCCAAGAACUUCUGGAUGAUUGUAAUAUAUUAAUUGGAAAUGCUACAGAGGAAAUAGGAAGAAAUGAAAUGAGCUCCUCGCAUAAGGACAGUAAUACUCGAUCUCAAAAUGAUGAUGAAUUUUUCUGUCAAAAUUUGGAUCAAUUGGAUAAUGUUUUAGAGAAAGAAAAUAUACGAGCUGUGCUAUCCAGAGAUAAAUUUUCAGAAUCAUUAUUUGGAUCUUGCAAAGAAAAUUCAAUCUAUCAGACUUCAUCCGUAGAAAAUAAAAUAACAGAAUCAAACAAUUUAUUAUGUACUCCAAAACGUAAAAGCUCAGUGAAAGAACACAACAUUGGGAGAAAAAAGGAAAAUGCCGCCAAAGGAAAUGGGGAAAAUUCCGAUGAGGAAAUAUUUUCGGAUGCAGACGUAGUAGACACUACUCCUCAGAAAUCAGUUAGUUUCAUAGAGAGGCUCAGUUGUUCCCAAAUUGUGAACCAAAAUUUCAAAAUUUCAUUGCACAUUCAAGAAGAUACCGAAAAUAUUCCUGCGAGUAUAAAUAUUGUGCCACCACCUCCCGGAUUUGACGACGAAAUCCCUAUAGAAGAAAAAGUUAAUUCGGAACCCAAUAUACAAAACAGUGAAAGAGAAUCUGAGAGUGUUAUACCCAAUUCAAUAUCUCCUCAAAAAUUUGAAGUGCCAUCAAAAAGAAAGCCAUUAGUUGCAGCUAAUGUAAACACUGUAAAGUUUGCUGUGCCCCAAGAGAUGACGACUUUAUCACAACAAUUCAUGAAGGUUUCUCCCAUUUGUAAAGAAAAAUCCAAAAACCUCAACGUGAUAGAAAUGGUCAGACAGUCGAAAUUUUCACCUUUAACAAUUGUCCCCAAAACCAAUACAUCAGUGUUAACUAGUACACCGAAACAAAAAAGUAUUUUGAGUUAUGUAAAAUCGAAAAUAUCACAAGAAGAAAGCACUUCAACAUCACAAAAGCCUAAACCCUGCAUUGCUUUCACUAGGCUGAAUAACGCAGAAACAUUAUGCGUACAUUCUUUAUGCAAUAGAAAUUUAGUUACACGUCAAGAUAAGUUUGGCCCGGAGGUUACUCAUAUGAUUGUGUCUGUGGACAAACAUAAUAAUGUAAAAGAUCAUACCAUUAAAUUCAUAUCCGCUAUUGCUGCUGGAAUAUGGGUGGUCAAUAUAAAAUGGGUUCAAGAAUGCUUAUCACAAAAUUGUAUUGUGAACGAGGAACCUUUUGAAGUACUUGAUAUAACGGGAAUACCAAGUCCAAGAAUUUCUCGACUUACCCGUGUCGUCAACCCACUGCUCAAAGGAUUCAAAUUUUAUAUUCCACGUUCAUUUGCUCAGACCAGUGCUGAAGACGUCAAGAAUAUCAUUCAGUUAUUACAAGGCGUUGUUGUAUCUUCGAUAGAAGAAUUCAAGGACAGAGGGGAAUAUACCUGCAUCAUUAUAUCUGAACUUGUGGAUACAGAAGAUUACAACCAAUACGAAGAUUGGCUGUCGUCUUAUAAAAUAUUGACAGUUGACAUUAACUGGUUAAGCCUUUCGGUGAGUCGAUAUAAAAUACUCAGCCUUAGGCCUCAUCUUUUGUGCUCAGAUGAUUCGAUCGAUGAAUUGGGUUACCCAUCGGAUCUAGUUGUGGAUGUACCAACCAGUUUGACCCAAGAUGUUACUUAUGAUUGAACCAUUUUUUUGAGUAAUAUUUUCCAUGUGAAUUUGAAGAUUUCAGGUUCUCAGGAAAUUUUAAUUUGUUUUUGUUCGUGAUGUUCUGUCCAUUAUUAUGUGAUUUUGAAUGAAUGACUCAGGAUUUUUUGCAGUUUAUUCAAAUAUUUAGAUUUUUAGCAAACUUCUCUAUUCCAAUAAAAAGUUGAAAAAUGUAAUCUGCCUAAAUCACCUGUUAAAUCGAAAUAUCAUUGUUUUCCUGUUAUUUGAUUGAUUCUAUAUUUUAUUGUUGUAGGAAUUUUAUAUACAUUUUCUAAGUUCUAUAUUCACAAAUUAAUGUGAAAUAAAAGUAUUGUUCUUUCCUA